AUGGCUGUUGGGAGCUUACAGCAGCCAAGAGAAUUGGUCGAUGGUCGCCGAGAUGCUUACAGCAGUCAAAGAAUGGAGGUUGAUGGCUCAGGAAUGACUGUGAUGGCUGCUGGAAUGCUUGCAGAAGCUAAGAGAAGGGAGACUUCUCAUGGUUGCUGA